AUGGCGUGCCCCAGUGACCCAGAAGAGAAACGUCCCAAGAACUUCAUCGAGGCCAUCAGUGGCGACGAGAGCUGGUCCACAUUUGGUAUCCGCGUCAAGUGGACUGACCCGGUGGUUCCUGGCAAUCUCAAACUGCCCAUUGGUCAGCAGGUGACUCUCAGGCUGUGCGUGGAGACCAGAAAAGGUUUCAACAUUGUUCCAGAAUCUUUGUCUGCUUGGUGCUGGACACACAUCCGUGCUGAGGACAAUCCCUGCGGCACCUGGAGAGAGAUCCGACUACACCACAACCCCAAGUGUACCAUCGUCGAUGAGCACGGACACACUAGCCAUGUCUUCCAGUCGUCAGUUGUACCGACAGCAGAUGAUUUGUACAGACUGACCUUCAACAUCAAAUAUGGCCAGGUGAUGAUCUGGGCCAAUUAUUUCCAGGUAGACAACAUGGUGGAUGUGCAUGUGAAACCUUCAGUGGGAACACAGUAUGAUUUGGUUGUCGGUCCUCCGGCUUGGAAAGCUAUCUUAUGCAAACUAAUGCCCCAGUCGUUCCCGUUCUACCACACUUACUUCUGCGACCUGUUCUCCGACAACAAACAGUCGACGUCAUCGCAGGGAGCCAGGGACGCCAAGUCUGGGAAAAAGGUCAAGGACGGCGAUGACGUGGAAAUGUUGGUAGUGCUGUAG